AAUGUUCCAAAUCAUAUAAUCAUAUGAACAAUAGGCAAGCCAUCUCUGGUCCAAAAAUCUUGAGAUGUUAAAGCAAAUCAAGAUUCCUAUCCUCCAAGAAAACGAAGAUUUGAAACAGACUCUGGAAACCUUAAAAUAAAAUGAUAUUCAAAAUAGUGUGUAUGGAUAAUUGAAGGAGUACGAUUAAGUCUAAAAGCCAAAGCCUAAGCUCAUUGAUUUAAAACACAUUAACAGAGAUUCAAACUUUUAAGAGGAAUUCUUGUCCAAAGUAAAUGAAUUCAGUCUCUCCUGGCGACAAGAAGUACAAUAGCUUAAAUAAAUAUGA